CGCUGACUGCGGAACCUCAAGCUUGUUUGGGAAUGCCUCCUUUGCAGCCGCUUGAGUUCCGUGAUUGUGUGGUGGAUGGACCACAUUUUAGGAGCGCACUGCAGAAUCACGAAAAGGAGCUAAAAGCGCACGGAAAAUUAGUGAAAGGAGUUUACAACAAUGCGGAGCGUGUUUUCAAGGCAAUGGAUGAAUUGCGCGAUGCUCUUGGAAGCUUUGCAGCCUCUCUGACUGCCUAUUGUACUGCCAACAAUGCUUCGCCACCACUGUCAGCACGCAGCCAGGAGGAUUCGGACAAGCGUGGCUCUGCGGAAGUUGCUGAAACAGACGAUGAGGUCACAAUCAAAACAGCGUUUAUCGAGUUUGCCAAGAUCAUUCAUGCUGUUGAAGAUGCUCGUUCUAUGAUGCUGACACCUUUCAAACCAAUGAUACUGAACGAAAUUCAAGAACUGCGCUCGGAGUGGCUUUUAGGCCCAAAAACCGACCCGAAAGACUUCCUCAAGGAAACAACGACGUUUUGCCAGAAGUUGGAGAAAUAUCUGUCUGUGAAGCAAAAGGAACGGACACCCGAGUUGGAUGAGCAAAUGUUACAGGAUCGUCAGCGGUUCAUCACGCGAGCCUUUGAACACGUGACCAAUAUUCACGAGGCUGAGGAACUGAAGAAGUCCAAAUUCGUUCAGACGAUCAGCCUGUUCAUGCAAAUGAUGGCAAACUUCUAUCACCAGGCCUUUGAGCAUUUUCAAGAUUCUCAGAGACAACUUUCCAACAUUAAUCAGGCGGCACAACGUUCGGCCGCAAAUUUUCGUCAAAUUAGUGAUGAAACAAAAGAGUUGAAAGAGAAGCUACUCAAAACACCGUGGGAGCAAGUACAGUCGAAUGAUUCUGCAGCAUUCCGUGAAGGCUACUUGUUCAUUCAGGUGAAAAAACCUGUGACUACCUUGUGGAUCAAGCAUUUUUGCACAUACAGUCGUGAUCUGCGUUCUCUGCAAGUUAUCCCGUACACACAAGGACGGUCUUCCGACUUGAUUCAAGAAUCCUACUCGAUCAAAACAUGCACCCGACGAUCUUCAGAAACUAUCGAUCGACGGUUUUGUUUCGACGUCGAAGUUGACAACAGGUCAACUCCACUCACACUGCAGGCUCAGUCACAAGCGGAUCUACUCGAAUGGCUACGAAUCAUGGAUGGCCAAGAGCCGCUUUACGCCGAUCGGUUUGGAUUGGUGCAGGACAAUAAAGUGAAUCCAGACACAACGCACUUGAAUAAACUCGGGAUGGCGUUUCUGCGUAAUGUCCUUGAAGUCAUUGAAGAAAAUGGACUCGAGACACAAGGUAUCUACCGAAUAUCCGGUGUGCGCUUGAAGGUUACCUCACUGGUUCGACAAGCAAUGAACCCACCUGGAUUGAGCAAAAGUGUUCUGUCCACCUAUGAAACCCACAUGCUUACAAGUGCAGUCAAGCAUUUUGUCCGCAACUUGGACGAACCACUGGUCACCUUCGCUUUGCAUCAUGAGUUUCUUGCGGCAAUCAAACGCAAUCCCUCCGAACGAGUACAAGAGGUAUCACGUCUUUUAAACCUUCUUCCACGGGCGAACCAGAAGGCGCUGCAGCUGCUCAUGUCACAUCUUGCAAAGGUAUCUGCCCACAGUCGUGUAAACAGCAUGACUCCAAGUAACCUCGGCAUCGUGUUCGCCCCGUCUGUCAUGAGGUCACCGGAAGAGACAGUGGCUGCAAUCAUGAACACAAAAUUCGCUUCCUCUGUUGUUGAACUAAUGAUUGAACAUCAUGCCACCUUAUUCCCGUCGACUGAUGGUGACCUGUUGGAUACCCUUCCUAUGCCUGUCAAGGAUCCCGUUCCAAUCGAGCCAGUCUAUUCUACUCCUGUACUGGACUCGAAAACGCCUAGCCCACGAGAGGCAAGGCUUUCCGACUUGGGUUUGUACCGGUCUGCGAAAACAGACAACGCAACAAGCAUUCUAGCAACAGUUCAACAUCAGCCCGUUGUUGGUGAUCCCACUCCGAACCCAAAUAAAGCUGCUGGUGACCUGCUAGGUCCCAGUGAGGAUCUCCCUCCCCGACCGCCUGUUCCUCCCCGGCUUGGUCCCCACAGAUCUUUUCAGCGUCAAGAUAGCUUCCCGCUUCCUCCCAGUCUAACUUCUCCUCGUCGACGCCAGUCGGAACAGAAUAAGCGAGUUCUUCCAUUGCGUCCUUCGGAGCUAUCCCAUCCACAAGUAGCAAAUGACGGUGUGGACCGCCCUAAUAUGGGACAGCUUAUAUCCAGUGAUAAUAACUCUCGCGAGGAACCUGACAAGAUGGGAGAUUUACCACCAAGGGUUCCUGGCAAAAUUCAGCGGGCACAUGGCCAAUCUGCUGUUGGUUUUCCCAACGUACUCAGUCUAGCCUCCGCCUUCAAUCAUCAACCGUCUAUUCCUCCCCAGCCACCCAUUCGUAAGAGUCCUACGUGAUCUGCGACGGUUUUAAAACGAACAGGCCAAACGUUUACAGUGUCAGAGGUCCGCACGUUUGAUUUAUUCUUCCAGCUUCUUUCAUUUUUGAAAUGGAGUUCACCAGAUUUAUCGUUGCAAAUCACCCACCUGUCCGGAGCUAAUUGCUUAGAACUUUUUUCCCCACAGAGUUUUCCUAAUGUUUUUCUCAAAUCUCGUCCACUUUGCAAUCUUCCACACCGUAUCGGUUGUACAGUGCCAAAAAUUGUUAUUUUGCUAACGAACG